GUAAUUUAAAAUUCACCUCCAAUAAGUAACUCGAAGUUACGAAAUGGUCCAAAUCUGGGAUUAAACUGAGAUUUACAAAAGCCUGAAAGCAGCGAAACAGAAUGAACUCAAUUUGUCUCUUUGAAUUUGAUCACAAAAGAUUCAACAAAGGCAAAAGGCCAACGCGAAAAACAUGAUCAACAAACAGCAACCUUAAUCCAAACCACAAUCUUUGUCACAAAGAAAGUAUGGAUUUCUUAACACAAUGCUAUAUUUAACCUCCAUCAUCCUCUUCUCCUCUUCUUUCAGAGACGACAAAAAUCACACCCAUUAAUCCCUCCAAUUUUGAAUAUGGAGAAGAAAUUCCAGUACAGAGAUAUUGAUCUGUUUUUGCAGCAUCCCUACUGGGUAUUGCUUGUUCUAGCGCUAGGCUUCUUAAUAAUGGACCCUUUUGAAAUGAGUCCUGUUGGAGGCUUGGAUUUUAGGCCUGUCAGAAAUGAUGUUGCGCCAUUUGACCAGGUCAUGAAGAAUUGGCCAGGCGACAACCGGAGCCGAUUAGGACAGGGGAAUCUGGAGUUUGUCGACGAAAUUUUUGGACCCGAAUCGCUUGAAUUCGACGCCUUAGGCCGCGGCCCUUAUGCCGGCCUGGCUGAUGGUCGCGUCGUAAGGUGGAUGGGAAAAGAUGAAGGAUGGGAAACAUUUGCUUUAGUAACUCGAAACUGGUCCGAGAAGGUUUGUGCUAGAGGGAAAGAUUCAACAACGAGCAAGCAAUGGAAAGUAGAGCCAGAUUGUGGAAGACCAUUAGGCCUGAGAUUUGACAAAGAAACUGGAAACUUGUACAUUGCAGAUGCUUAUUAUGGUCUGUUGGUUGUCGGCCCUGAAGGAGGGAUUGCAACUCCUUUAUCAACUCAUGUGGAUGGCAAACCAAUUCUUUUCGCAAAUGAUCUCGAUAUCCAUAAAAAUGGAUCCAUUUUCUUCACAGACACCAGCAAGAAAUACGACAGAGUAAGACAUUUCUUCAUAUUACUGGAAGGUGAAUCCACCGGCCGGCUGUUGAGAUAUGACCCUCCAACCAAAACAACUCAUGUAGUCUUAGAAGGUUUGGCAUUCCCAAAUGGAGUUCAAUUAUCCAAAGAUCACACUUUUCUUCUUUAUACAGAAACAACUAAUUGCAGGCUAAUGAAGUUCUGGAUAGAGGGUCCCAAAUCAGGCACAACAGAACUGGUUUCAAACCUGCCUGGAUUCCCAGACAACGUAAGGAUUAACGAGAAUGGUGAGUUCUGGGUAGCCAUUGAUUGCUGCCGGACCAAAAUACAAGAGAUCAUGAUUCGGAAUCCAUGGAUGAGGAACAUGUAUUUCCGGCUACCGAUCCCAAUGAGGUACUUGGCUAAGAUGGUUGGGAUGAGAAUGUAUACAGUGAUUUCAUUGUUCAACGAGGAAGGCGAGAUUGUGGAUGUGCUUGAAGACAAGCAAGGGAAAGUGAUGAAGCUAGUGAGUGAAGUUAGGGAGACCAAUGGGAAACUCUGGAUUGGAACUGUGGCUCAUAACCACAUUGCCACCAUUUCUUACCCCUGAAAAGCCCAUUUCAAGUCACAUUUCAUUAAUUUGGUGAAAUUAAUCUUUCUGUUGCUUCUGUUCUUCAAUUGAACAAUCUUACUGUUUCCAGAAAACAGAAAAUUUGUUGUUGCAGUGAUUGGUUUGCUUUUCAAGACACAAGUUUAACUUACCAUAAAUUUUGUUCAUUUUCUUUUAAUCGCACUCUCCAAUAUCCAUAAAUUUGCUUUCUUUUUAAAUUGAUUUGCAUGAGUGAAGUGACGGAGAAAAUAUUUUGCAAGGACAAAAACUCUUUACAAAGUCAUUUAUUCUAAACUUUUGG